AUGACAGAGAUGUCGAAACAGCCGCUCAUCACUGACUCGACGCCGAUGGAAACAUCCCAGGCCGCUGCCGGCGGCGGUCGCGGUCGGAAGAAGUCCUGUUGGGAGUGCCAACGCCGGGGGAAGGUAUGCGACUCGGCCCGGCCCGUCUGCUCCAACUGCAAACUCAACAGCAUCGUAUGUCCGGGUUAUGAGAACAUCAGGCCGUUGACAUGGGUAGCCCCCAACAUGGUGACUACGAAACCUUGGAGGAGCAAAAGGUCGCCAGCGAACAAGUCCGACGCCGCCAAGAAGAGGGGGAAAGAGGCAGACAAGAAAGGCGGUGACAAGCAAGAAGCCGUCCAACAAGCCUCUUCUGAGAAUCGCAUUGUUCACAUCUUCCCUCAACAGGAACUACGGACGGAGACAUGUGAUAUCGGCGAGGCCUCGCACUACUUGCUGACAGAAGUCUACUUCGCAGGGAAUGAGUUCGUCUGGCCGUACUUUCACUCAAACCAACUCAGCAAAAGCCCUUGGGUUGUACCCAUAUCUAAUAUCAACAACAUGAAACCGUACCGGCGACACGGGCUGGUCGCCAUGGCCAUUGAGCACCGCAUGUCGCGUCUAUCGCCGACACGGGAUGAUCCUUACGCAGCAGAAGUCAGAGCCAGGGGUUAUCACCACCGUUUCACAGCAAUUCAGGCACUUAACAAGGAGAUCGAGAACGAGAACACGCGGUCUGCAGAUGCCACACUGGCUGGCGUGAUUGUCUUCCUUUUCGGUGAUGUACGACAGCGUCUUCUGGCUUCCGAAUGA